AUGCAACGGUCUUCUGAGAGCCAUGGUUCUGGUCAACAAGCCGCAGCAGCGUUCGGGAUGCGUCACGGGGAGGCGGAAGGCGAUGAGCUGGCGGAGGAUUUUGAUUAUUUAGAUCUGGAGGAUUUGGAACAGACGUGGCCGGAGCGGAGGGAGAGCAUUCUCGGCACGCGAUGCGGGUCGCCCAAGGGCGCCACGGAGAUCGGAAUAAUGCGUGGUGGAGAGAACACUGAAUCUCUGAGAGCAGACAUUGCCAGCGCACAUGUAAACGUGAACAUUGAAGAGCAAAUCAUCAUCUCCAAUAAUUUCCCUCAUCACCUUCAUCUCCCCUCCCCCUCAUCACCAUUUUCCCCCCCUCAUCACCAUCAUCCCCCCCUCAUCACCAUCAUCCCCCCCCUUAUCACCAUCAUCCCCCCCUCAUCACCAUCAUCCCCCCCUCAUCACCAUCAUCCCCCCCUCAUCACCAUCAUCCCCCCCUCAUCACCAUCAUCCCCCCCUCAUCACCAUCAUCCCCCCCUCAUCACCAUCAUCCCCCCCUCAUCACCAUCAUCCCCCCCUCAUCACCCUCAUCCCCCCCUCAUCACCCUCAUCCCCCCCUCAUCACCUUAUCUCCCCCACGGGAAUUUCACGCCCCCUCGUUGCCCCUCUGCCUCCCCCCCUGCCUGCUGCCCUGCCACCGGCCGUGCCUCAGCAGCAGCACCUGCUGCCGUCACGUGGCGGGUCACCAGGGCUGGCAGGGGCGCCUUGAGCGGCAUCAGUAUCUCUCUGCUGCUGCUGGUUGUCUGCUAUGCAGAUUUCUCUGCUGCUGCUGCUACUACUGCUGCUCUUGCUGCUGCUGCUGCUGCUGCUGCUGCUGCUGCUGCUGCUGCUGCUGCUGCUGCUGCUGCUGCUGCUGCUGCUGCUGCUGCUGCUGCCGCCACUGUUACUGCUGCUGCUGUCGCUACCACUGCUGCUGCUGCUACCACUGGUGCUGCUGUCAGCAUGGGUGGCGGAGGAAGAAAGGAUGCCCCAGCAGAAGCAGAGGCAGGCGGGGAGGCAAGCACGCGUGGAGAAGCAAGCGAUGGAGCGAGAGCAGGAGCUGAAGAGAGGAUAACAAGAGCUGGGAGGAGGGGCAUGGGUUGUAAUGUAAGUGACGUGGCAGACCGAUGGGGCGGUGCUGAAUGUGACACAGGAGGGGACAGGCGGGAUGGGGCGAGGCACGCAGGAGGUGGGGAGGCACGCAGGAGGUGGGGAGGCACGCAGGAAAAGGCGAGGCAGGCGGGAGACGGUUGGAAAGGGGAGGAGUGGAGGGUGCCCAGUGUUGUGCAUGCUCUGUGUAGCAGGUGUGUGGCAGGUGUAGCAGGUGUGGCAGGUGUAGCAGGUGUGGCAGGUGUAGUAGGUGUGGCAGGUGUAGCAGGUGUGGCAGGUGUAGCAGGUGUGGCAGGUGUAGCAGGUGUAGCAGGUGUGGCAGGUGUAGCAGGUGUGGCAGGUGUAGCAGGUGUGGCAGGUGUAGCAGGUGUGGCAGGUGUAGCAGGUGUGGCAGGUGUAGCAGGUGUGGCAGGUGUAGCAGGUGUGGCAGGUGUAGCAGGUGUGGCAGGUGUAGCAGGUGUGGCAGGUGUAGCAGGUGUGGCAGGUGUAGCAGGUGUAGCAGGUGUGGCAGGUGUAGCAGGUGUGGCAGGUGUAGCAGGUGUGGCAGGUGUAGCAGGUGUAGCAGGUGUAGCAGGUGUGGCAGGUGUAGCAGGUGUGGCAGGUGUAGUAGGUGUGGCAGGUGUAGCAGGUGUGGCAGGUGUAGCAGGUGUAGCAGGUGUGGCAGGUGUAGCAGGUGUAGCAGGUGUAGCAGGUGUGGCAGGUGUAGUAGGUGUAGCAGCAGUGGCAGGUGUAGCAGGUGUAACGGCAACUCACCGCUGGUUCGGCCACACGACAGCAGAGAUGUCCCCUAUGCCCCUCGACAGCAGCUCCCUGGGAGUGAGCAUGGUGGCGAGGGAGGAAGAGAGGAGACAAGCAGCAGAAGAGAAUAGAAAGAGGGGAAUUGGAAAGGAGGACCAUUGCAGCAGAGGAGAUUUUAAACAGAGAAGAAUCAGAGAAGAGAAACAGAGGAAAAAAGAAAAGGAGAGUCGAAACAGAGAGGAAUAG